AUGAGCAGGAAAAGGAAGUCUGCUGAUGAUGCUGAGGAUGAUUAUCAAGGUAUUAAACUGCCACCUGCAUUACUAAAUGAGCUCAGUCAAAAGGGAGAUCAUGAUGAGACUAUUCAUCAACCGUCAUUACGCCGAAAUCGCGUGACCCGAGCGACAAGAAAGGAGAACAGAAAACUUGAAAGACAGAAAAAGAAAAAUAAAAGAUCUGGAAAACCUCAACAAGAAGAGGCACCCAAGAAUGCUGCUAACGGUGCUAAGAAGUUUAACAAGAAAGUUGCCCUCCCUAAGGACGACGAGUCUGAAGGUGACUUUGAUGACUUUGAUGGGUUUAAAGAUGGAUCUGGGACUGAUGAUUUUGAUCUAAACGAAGAUGACUUUGAAGACCUAGGAUCAGAAGAUGAUAGUCCAAUGUCUGCCUUGGACACUAUGGCUGCUUUAAAGAAAAUGAAAGAGAAGAAAAAUAGUAAGCCGUUGACGGCGGCUGAUACUAUGGCAGCCCUCAAGGCUGCUAAAGAAAAAAAGACCAAGGUUGACAAUCAGGUGGAAAAAGUGAAAUCUAAUAAAAUAUCCAAAGGAGAAAAAGAAUCAGAAGUUCUUGAGGAUUUGAAAAGUGGUGGAGAUUCAAUGUCGGUUGAAGAGACAAUGGCUGCAUUAAAGGCUGCUAAAGAGGGUAAACGAAAACCAGGUGAAGUUUCGGACCACAGCAAAAAGAAGCGCAAAACUGAAUCAAAAGAUUCAAAGGGGACCUCAAAGAAAGCGUCUCUUACCAAGUCUAAACCCGAUAGAGUUAUAUCUGAGAGAGAUAAAUUUCUCAUGGCUCAAGAUGAGGAAGACAUCGACUUUUAUGCUAAGAAGCUUGGUUUGAAAUCGUACAAACUAGGUGGUUCUAAGCAGAAAAAGAGUAAAGAUGAGCUUGAUGAUGGAUUUGAUGAUAUCUUAGGUGGUCUUGAUUUUGAAAAGUUUGCAAGUGGGAGUGAGACGGAGGAUAGUGAAAAUGAACUUAGCGACAGUAUCAGCUUAAAUGAGCGAGACCGGGAGGGAGAAAGAAGCUCAGAUGAGAGUGAUGAUGCCGAAGAUGAAGAUGAUGAGGACGAAGAGGACGAGGAGGCAGACGAAGAGGAAGAAGAAGAACAGAAACCCAAGGAAAACCCAUAUGUUGCUCCUACAGUAUCCUCUGGAAAAUAUGUCCCACCUUCAAAACGACGACUGUUAGCUCAAUCGAACGAUAAUGAGGCCGAGUCUGAGGAACUUAUUGUUCUCCGUAGACAACUAAAGGGUCUGAUUAAUCGUCUCUCUGAAUCUAACAUGGGCUCUAUCAUCAAUGAGAUUGAAGCUUUAUACCAGAGAAAUCCUAGAUCGCACGUCAACUCUACUAUCACUACCAUAAUCAUUGAGAGUACUUCUUUGCAAGGAACUUUAUUGGAGUCAUUUUUAAUUAUCCACGCAGCUUUAGUCACCGCCUUGUACCGAACAAUGGGUGUGGAGUUUGGAGCUCAUUUUGUUCAGACUUUGGUUGAAGAAUUCGAAAAACACUAUAAGCAAGGAGGUGGUAAAGAAGCAUCGAACCUGCUGUCUUUGUUGUCUGAAAUUUACACAUUUCAACUUGUAUCUUGUAAACUAAUGUACGAUUUUGUUCGUUUGUUUUUGCAAGAUGUCAAUGAAGUCAACACUGAAUUCCUGCUUAAAAUCGUCAGAAAUUCAGGUCCUCAGCUUCGAUCUGACGACCCAUCGUCGCUGAAAGAAAUUAUUUAUUUAUUACAAAGUGCAGUCUCGAAAGCGGAACCGACAACAAUCAACUCGCGUACAAAGUUCUUGAUCGAAAGCAUUACUGCCUUAAAAAACAAUCGUCAAAAAAUUGCCAACGAGAUGUCUAUCGCAUCUACUCAAAGAAUGAAAAAGUUUCUUGGAACAAUCUCUGGUCUUACGUCGGAACCACUCCAGGUCUCACUAGAUGAUAUUCAUAAUAUCAAUACCAAAGGAAAGUGGUGGCUAGUGGGUGCUGCGUAUAAUAAUAAUAAUGGUUCCGUGGGGAACAAAACAACACCUGAUGUUGAUAUUGACGCUAUGAACGAUAUUCUAGACACUGCUGAACCGAAUUGGAUGGAGCUAGCUAAAAAGCAACGCAUGAAUACAGAUGUGCGCAAGGCAGUAUUCGUGGCUCUGAUGACCAGUGAAGACUACAUAGACUCUUGUGACCGUUUACAAAAACUUCGAUUAAAAAGUAAGCAAGAAAGAGAGAUUCCCAAGGUUAUUUUACAUUGUUGUAGCAAUGAAGAGGUAUAUAAUCCAUUUUACGCUUUAGUGGCUGGAAAACUUUGUGGACAACAUUCUUUAAAGAAGACAUUCCAAUUUUGUCUGUGGGAUUUUCUGAGUGAGCUGCAGGGAGAUGAAGAUAGCAGUGACGAAGAAGAUGGACUUGGCAAACUUGCUAAGCGGUCAGAAGCCAAUGAUAAAGAUGUUCUCAGACGGGUCAGCCAUUUAGCAAAGUUUUACGGAGCAAUUGUUGCAAAGGGUGAUAUGAGCUUAGAUACCCUUAAGGCUGUGGAUUUCCUAACCGCAGUUACAGAAAUUAAAUUGUUUUUGGAAAUAUUUUUCAUUUCAUUUUUUGAGAUUAUUGGGAAAAAUGCUGAAAAGGGAACAGGUAGCCAGACCAAAAAGAACGGUUUUGGUAAUGCCAUGUUUGGAAUUCGAAGAAAUGAAAAAGAGUUGGCACAGAUUUUAAUCAAAACCAAAGAUCAGACAGUUUUGCGAGGAAUCCAAUAUUUCCAGAAAUUCGUCACAAGUUCUUCCCUGUUGCCGACCAAAGAAAAGCAAAAGGACAGAGUUAUCUGGGGUUCAUCCACAAUGUCCGAUCUUGUUGAGGGUUUGUUGACUCACUAG